UCCUCCCUUCCUUCCCUUCCCUCGUUCCCGCCCCUCGGUGCCGCAGUUCCGCGGCCGCGCUCCGCACGUGUGGCCGCCAUGCGCUUCGCGUACCGGUUCUCCGGCCUGCUGGGCACCGUGUACCGCCGCGGCAACCUCAGCUUCACCCGCGAUGGCAACUCCCUGCUCAGCCCCGUCGGCAACAGGAUCUCCCUCUUCGACCUCAAGAAUAACAAGUGUGAGACGUUGCCCUUGGCUACACGGCUCAAUAUUGUGUGCGUGGGGCUCUCUCCAGAUGGAAACCUUGCCAUUCUAAUUGAUGAAGAGGGAGCUGCCUUGCUUGUGAGUUUGAUUGGGAAAUGUGUGAUACAUCAGUUUUAUUUUCACAAGCCAGUUCACAGUGUCAGCUUUUCCCCUGAUGGCAAGAAAUUUGUGGUUACAAAAGACAAUCUUGCUUACCUGUACCACGCUCCUGGGAAGAAAAGAGAAUUUAAUGCAUUCGUUCUGGACAAAACCUACUAUGGCCCAUAUGAUGAAACAACUUGUAUUGACUGGACUGAUGAUUCCAAGUGCUUUGCAGUGGGGAGCAAGGACAUGUCUACAUGGGUGUUUGGAGCAGAACGAUGGGCAAACUUGAUCUACUACUCUCUUGGAGGCCAUAAGGAUGUCAUAGUUGCCUGCUUUUUUGAAGAGAACAGCCUAGAUCUGUACACAAUUAGCCAGGAUGCAGCUCUGUGUGUGUGGCAGUGUGACACUGAGCUGGAUGGUUUGAAGCCCAUGCCCCCUAAAGAUGCAGCAAAGGAAAAGAAGGCAGCAGAAGAUGAUGAAGAGCUGCUUGAAGAGCCCAAGGGUGAAGAAAUUCAUGGGAAAGCUGAUCCAAGUGAAGAAGAGACUAGAAAUAAAGUUAAAUAUUCACGUGUUGCGAAGUAUUUUUUCAAUAAAGAGGGAGAUUUUAAUAACCUGACAGCUGCAGCCUAUCACAAGAAGACACACCUUUUAGUCACUGGUUUUGCCUCUGGAGUCUUUCACCUCCACGAGCUCCCAGAUUUCAAUCUGAUCCAUUCCUUGAGUAUUUCAGACCAAAGGAUAGCUUCUAUUUCUAUCAACUGCACUGGUGACUGGAUUGCCUUUGGAUGUUCAGGUCUGGGUCAGCUCCUGGUGUGGGAAUGGCAGAGCGAGUCCUACGUGCUGAAGCAGCAGGGCCAUUUCAACAGCAUGGUUUCCUUGGCAUAUUCUCCAGAUGGACAGUACAUAGUAACUGGAGGGGAGGAUGGCAAAGUGAAAGUGUGGAACACUUCGAGCAGCUUUUGUUUUGUCACCUUUACAGAACACAACAGUGGGGUAACUGCUGUAACUUUCACUUCCACUGGUUAUGUUGUUCUGAGUGCUUCCCUCGAUGGAACAGUGCGUGCCUUUGAUCUGCACAGGUACCGGAAUUUCCGUACCUUCACAUCUCCACGACCAAGUCAGUUCUCCUGUUUAGCUGUGGACUCCAGUGGUGAGAUUGUGGCAGCUGGUUCCCAGGAUUCCUUUGAAAUAUUCAUUUGGUCAAUGCAGAGUGGGAGGCUGCUGGAUGUCCUAGCAGGUCAUGAGGGUCCCAUCAGCAGCUUGUCCUUUAAUCCAAUGAAGUGUGUUCUAGCCAGUGCCUCUUGGGAUAAGACUGUAAAAUUAUGGGAUAUGUUGGACAGCUGGAGAACUAAGGAGACAUUAAUAAUAAACUCAGAUGUUCUUGUUGUUGCCUUCCGUCCUGAUGGCAAGGAGCUCGCAGUUGCUGCUUUGAAUGGCCAGAUAACAUUUUGGGAUCAUGACAAUGCAGUGCAGACUGGCUCCAUUGAGGGCAGGCAUGAUCUCCAGAUGGGGAGGAAGGAGCUGGAUAAAAUAACUGCCAAGCAGGCAGCCAAGGGCAAAUCUUUUACAACUCUGUGCUAUUCAGCAGAUGGUCAGUCUAUUCUGGCAGGUGGAUUGUCAAAAUUUGUCUGUAUAUAUAAUGUCAAGGAACAGAUUCUUAUGAAAAAAUUCGAAAUUUCAUGCAACCAUUCUUUAGACGCAAUGGAGGAGUACUUAGAUCGGAGAAAAAUGACUGAAUUUGGCAGCAUGGCUCUGAUUGAUGAAGGCGGUGGAGGUGACGAAGGUGUUGCCAUCCCUCUUCCUGGAGUAAAAAGAGGUGACAUGAGCUAUCGACACUUUAAACCAGAAAUAAGGGUGACUUGUGUGCGAUUCUGUCCUACAGGACGAAGCUGGGCAGCCACCACCACAGAGGGUCUCCUGCUCUAUUCACUGGACUCUGGGCUAGUUUUUGAUCCUUUUGAGCUGGAUAUUGAUGUCACACCCAGCAAUAUCCACAAAACACUGACUCAGAAGGAAUACACUGUGGCUAUUGUCAUGGCCUUCAAGCUGAAUGAAAAGAAAUUAAUUCAGGAGGUGAUAGAGGCUGUGCCUAGCAGUGAAGUUGAUGUUGUCUGCUCAUCACUGCCAGACCUGUAUGUGGAGAAGUUACUGGAGUUCCUGGCCUCUGCAUUUGAGACCUCUUGUCACUUGGAGUUCUAUCUUAUUUGGGCUCAUAAGUUGCUUAUGCUGCAUGGACAGAAGCUGAAAACAAGGUCAGUGAAGCUGCUCCCUGUGAUUCAGUUCCUCCAGAAGAGCAUCCAGCGCCACUUUGAAGAUGUUUCAAAACUCUGUGAGUGGAACAUUUACAACAUCAAAUACGCCUUGGCCAUUUCACAGCAGCGGGGCAUGAAACGUCCAGCAGAGGAAACACCAGGAGAUGAAGAAGAAUUGGAUUCUGACAGUGAUUAUCUUAUGCAAGAAGCUCAUAAGGAUAAUUUGAGUUCCUAAUUACUCCUUGUGAGAGGGAGAAAACCUCAGACAGUAUUUUAUGCAGUGGUAUUCACUGAGAAUGAGUGGCCCUCAUAGUGGCAUCAGUUGCUAACAGUGUGAUGGAGUUCCCUGGGAGGUAGAGAUGGAAAUGUAGGAUAUGCCAUGGAUGGCACUUGGCCUGUUUCCUGUGCCAUUUGGCUGUAAACUAGAUAGCAUUGAUUUCUUGAUUAACUGAUUUCUUUUUUUUUUAAAUAAUUUCUGAUUUCAAGUAAGAAAACAAAAAAGUGUUCUUAGGGAAGUUAGAAGUACAACUGGAAGAAGUUUAUUCUUCAUUAAAAAUACCUUGCACAUUAAGUAUUGUGAAUUUUAUAGUGCAAGCUUAUCCUAGACUGACUGAAUUUUAAAAAGGAUAGAAAAAUUUUCUUGAUUGGAAAUAUACUGGUCUCAACUUGUUUUAAAUGUUGUUUUACUUGGAUUUAAUAUGUACAUAUUUCUGGAACACUGUUUUUUUAGUUCUGUAACCUCCAAACCUGAUGAGAUUUCAAUAAUGAGGAGAAAUGAGGACCCAUAGCAGCAGCUAUUGGAGAAAAUUUACGGGGCUUUACAGCUUGUGUCGAGGUUUGCUUGACAGCCUUGAGAUACUGUAGUGAAAAUUUGUUGGGACAUUACCAACUCAAUAAUGUAACUUAAACUGUAAGAGAACGUGUUACAAAUGUAAUGGCUUGUUGGAUUUUUUUGAGGUUUUUAAAAUUUUGUCUUUUUUUGAUGAAAGCCCUUUUGUGUCUUUUUUUAAAAUGUUGUUUAUUAACAUAUUAAAACCUGAAACUUUUGAUUCCCAUUGUUUUUUGUGAAUUGAUGGGAGAACUGGCUAAUAAGAGCAGGAGCUUGAAUACAAAGAAUUUGGUCUGUCCUUGUAAUACUUUCAAGCCUUGUGCUGAAAGGGCUUUUAAUGAAGAUACUACAAAUAUUACCAAUAAACCAGAAUUUAUUUUCUCAGGAAAAUGUAGGAAUGUGCCCCUUGUUGACGGAGUGACAAAACUAUCCUUUGUCCCCUUAUAAAGGAAACAAGCCCAGAAGUUUCUCUCCUCAAUUAGGUGAAAAGACACCUCAUAGGCAUGGGGGACUUCACCUCAAACUUAGGGAUAGCCAAAUGGACAGGAGCCAAAAAGUCCUGCCUGGGCAAUUCACUAGAAAAAGAAGAACAAAGAAAAUAAUUGCUUUUGUGAGGUGUUUUAGCAGGAGCAAGAGCCUCUUGCACCUAGCUCGGGUUUUCUCUAUUUGUUAUUUUGCCUUUUAUUAAACUUUGUUUCCAACACUGCAACAGAAGCCAUCCUGCUGAU